GGUUGAAAUUUUUUUAAAAGCGCGCCAGCUACGUUGAAACGUAAGCGAAUUAAGAGAAUCUGAGUAAAGUAAAGAGCUAGAGACCGGUCUUGCUGUGGAAAAGGAAUAAGGGAGGAACUAUAUCUUCAUUGGUGAAAGCAGAGAGAAGACAAUGCUAUAACCUCAAGACAGAAGGAUAGAGAAAGAACCAGAGAGUAUUGAAGAGCAUAUUCAGAAGACCAGUCCUACAGUACAAGCACCAUGCCAACUCAAACCAAUGAACCUCAUAUUGUGGAUGUCUGGAACACGAAUUUGGAAGAUGUAUUCAGAAAGAUUCGCGUCAUCGUACAGAAAUACAAAUAUGUGGCCAUGGAUACAGAGUUUCCUGGAGUGGUUGCCAGGCCCCUGGGGGAGUUCCGUACCAACUCAGAGUACCAAUACCAGUUACAUCGCUGUAACGUAGACUUACUCAAGAUCAUCCAGCUUGGUAUCACCUUCUGUGAUGAUCAGGGUAACUUUCCAAAGAGUGGCUCAACUUUCCAGUUCAACUUCAGGUUUAAUCUCAGUGAAGACAUGUAUGCUAAAGAUUCGAUAGAGCUUCUCUCUGGAUCAGGGAUUCAGUUCAAGAAACAUGAAGAUGAAGGUAUUGAGGUGGAUCACUUUGCAGAGCUUCUGAUGACGUCAGGGGUUGUGCUCAAUGACAGUGUCAAGUGGGUCACCUUCCACAGUAGUUACGACUUUGCCUACCUGAUCAAGCUGAUGACAGCGACCAAUCUGCCCUCUGAGGAAUCUGAGUUCUUUGAGCUUCUUAGGAUCUUCUUUCCACGUAUCUAUGAUGUUAAAUACCUGAUGAAGAGCUGUAAAGACCUCAAGGGUGGUCUUCAAGAAGUAGCUGAUAUUCUGCAGAUCCAGAGGAUAGGACCUCAACAUCAAGCCGGAAGUGAUAGCCUCCUCACAGUACAAACAUUCCUUAAAAUGAGAGAGUGCUAUUUUGAAGACAACAUUGAUGAUGACAAGUACUGUGGUCACCUGUAUGGUCUCGGAUCGGCUUACAUGCAGAAUGGUUCAGCAUAUACAGAAGAGAACAACGCAGCUCCUGCUACUACAGCAACGUAACCCUAGCCCCAAACACUCCUCCUCCUCCUCCUCCUCCUAAUCCAACAUGACCUUUGACCUUUUAACCAGGGUGCUUCAUUGUUUCUUCCAACGUCUGAGCAACCUUUGUUUUCCAAACCAAUAGUUUCAUUGAAAUAUGAAGCUAAGGACACGGUUAUAUUGUAAGGACAAUAAUUUAGUGUUAAAGACUUGGAAAGAUUUGUAUGAUGAGCUACAGGUUGGUGUUAUUCAGCAUCCAGGUCGAUCUCCCUCUCACAUUAUCAUGACCUUUGACCCUUCAACAUAUGUUUGAAUGUACAAUGCUCAGUGCUAAUGGAGCUGAAAACAUGGGUAUUUUGUUUAUCAACAAAUGAAGAAAAUGUUUACCUAUGCUAUAAUCACUUUGUCUUUAAUCAAGCAUUACAGGUUACAGAGAACACACAAAAUUUGACAGGAAAAAAUGUCUGGCACUGUUAAUUAUUACCGUAAUCUAAUUUCUUUUUGAUAUUCCAUGACAGGCAUUAGUUCUUACAGUAUCACUGAUAGUAAAUGAUAAAUAUAUGCAAUAAAGUUCCUUGCCUCCUUUAGUGUUGCACUUUAA